CGCCUUGUGCGGGUGGUUGAAGAAGAGUUUUUCGCUGGGUGCGCUUGGCCAGGCUGGCUGCACUCGCGCUGCUGCUUGCUGAUGGAGCGCAUUGUUUGGUGUGCUGGGGCUUCGCUGUCUUCAUGGUUCGUGUCGCUGAACCUGCUGGUGGAUGUCGUCGCUGGUUGCUGGGGGUUUUUGGUGUCGGAUGCAGCUCUACGUUGCCAGCUCGAUCGGCCUCGCCCUCCAGGCCUCCUUAAUCGGCCUCAACCACUCGACAGCCUGAUGCUAACGAUCAUCCUCCCUCCAAGUCUUCGAGUCCUAUCAGUAGGUGCACCGCGCCGCCCAUCUACCCUCGUCCCGCCGCCCCGAUCGCGAACCAUCACCAUCAUCACCGUAACGUGUCUUGUCCUCAACCUCCGAUCAAUCACAACGUUCAUAAUACUGUGUUCAAAGUCCUUUUGGAAGAGGUAAUAUAACGCAGAGAGGGAAUUCCUUCGUUAGCUUUUGCCGCUUACUUGGAUCCACAACCCUGCUUGGAGUUUCAUUGCGUCCUUCAUCACAGGCCUGUAUCUUGCAUCGUUAGGCAAGGGGUAUACGGGUACAUAUCGU